AAUUUACAAUUAUGCAACUAAUAUUACAUUAUUCUUAAAAAAUUAGGUGGUUGGCAAACCUGAUACGAUUGGCGACCAUUCCAUAUUUUUGACAUUCCUAAAAGUCAGGUUAGAUAUUUAAAUUUUAAAAGUGGCCAGAGACAACUUCUCUAAGUUGUCUCUGAAGUGGCAUUUGGUGGUGUUCGUUUUCAAAAAGUAAAUACUGAUUUUGAUUUAAAUAUUUCAAAUCUAGAAGAAGAUUCAUAUCUAAAAGUAGUUAAUAUAUAAAAAAAUAAACGCUCCCUGGAAACUUAUAGACUAUUAUAAAAAGAUGUCAUGCUCAGCUGAGGAAAUCGAACGAAAACGACAAGAAGCUUUACGAAAAUUAGCACAAAAGGGCCUAAGCCCUCAAAAAUCAUUUGAAAACGGUCAGAAUGUGUCGUCAAGUUCUAAAAGUGUUUCUAGUCCUACGUUUUCGUCUGUGUUUAGGACAUCUUCGCCAAAGUUUGUUAAUAAGUUUGUGGAUCAUUCGAAGAAGCCUUACGAGCGAAUCAGUGCAAAUACAAACAGUAAACAAACGAUAGAUUUUUACGGACCUAAUAAAGUUAUAACUCUGUCAUUUGUGUUAAUAAGUAGUGAAAGGUUUAAUGUUGCCAUGUCAAGUUAUAGUGAUGCGGUGAUAAACUUGUUUAAACAGAUUCCAACCAGGAAUUAUGAUUCACAGACUCGCCUGUGGUCUUUUCAUAUUACAGAAUACAACCUAGUCGUUUCAAAGUUAUCGACUUUAAAAUCCCAGAACGUAAAGCUAGAAAAAUUACCCCCGUUUGUAAUAAAUUGUCUACAGAAACCUAUCCCCAGCUGUGAUAUAGAUUUAAAUCGAUUAGACACAGAGUUAAGUCAAACGUUAUUACCUUUUCAAUUAGAAGGAUUGAGGUAUGGAGUUGAAAGAAAUGGUAGGUGCCUUAUUGCCGACGAUAUGGGUCUUGGGAAAACAUUUCAAGCCCUAGCAGUUAUGAAUUAUUAUCAAAGUGAUUGGCCUUUGCUGAUUGUAACAACAGCUUCAAUGAAGCAUGUCUGGGAAGAAACCAUAGUCAAAUACCUCCCAUCUAUAUCAAUAAUGCAAGUCCAGUACAUGACUUCGGGCAAAGACUAUAUCGGCGGGUCCAAAGUCAUAAUCGUCAGUCACGAUUUGAUGUCCAGAUGUUGCGAGAAACUCUUAGAAAGAAACUUCGGUUGUAUCAUUAUCGAUGAGUCACAUACAAUGAAAAACUUCAAAGCGAAAAUAACCCAAGCCGCUACCAAGCUGUCUAAAAACGCCAAAAGAGUGGUUUUGUUGAGCGGAACCCCAGCUCUAUCACGUCCUAGCGAACUCUAUUCUCAAUUGAGCCUCAUUGACGAGCGAUUUUUCGGGAACUUUAUAGAAUACGCAAGAAGGUACUGCAACUUACAGAAAACGAACUUUGGCUUGGAUUCCUCGGGGUACUCCAACUUACAAGAGCUGGAAAUCGUUCUACAUAGAAAAUUCAUGAUAAGGAGGACGAAAGAAGAUGUUAUGAAAUGCAUGCCGAAGAAAACCCAGGAAAUAAUUAGGUUAGAUGUGAAUUUGCAGAAUUUUAGCCAGGAAGACAGGGAGACUUUGCGGAUUUUGGAACAGAAAUAUGCGGACACUAAGAAAUCGAGGGAUAAACAUAGUCUAUUGUUGACGUUCUUUUCGGAAACUGCCAAGAUUAAAAUACCUUCUGUUUGUUCAUACAUUCAUAGUGUCCUGGAACAGAAAACCAAAUUCCUAGUUUUCGCGCACCAUCAAAUCAUGCUGAAUGCGAUUGAAGAUAUGUUGCAAAGACAAGCAUUAAAGUACAUCAGAAUCGAUGGGAACACGACGGGAGAUCAGAGGAAGUAUUUUGUCGACAAAUUUCAGACAGAUGACAGCUUUGUCUGUGCUCUCUUGUCUAUCACCGCCGCUAAUGCCGGUAUAACUUUGACAGCGGCGCAAAUGGUCAUUUUUGCUGAACUGCAUUGGAAUCCUAGUAUUUUGAGUCAGGCUGAAGCCAGAGCUCAUCGUAUUGGUCAAGAUAAACCUGUCAGUAUCCAAUAUCUCCUGGCAGAUGGCACUGCCGACGAUUCAAUAUGGCCGCUCCUCCAGUCCAAACAACAGAUCUUAAAUGAAGUGGGCCUGUGUAAAUCUUCCUUUGACAAUAUAAGCGAGAAACCGCAAGAAACCAAACACAUUUUUGUUGAAUCAAGGAAAAAAUCGUUAAUAACGAACUUUUUCGAUAAAGAACCCAAAAAAGUCGAUGAUGAAAGGAUAGGUGGCAGUAAGAUCGGUAGCGAUAGCGGUAUAAAUGACUUUGAUGAUAUAUUAAAUGAUGAUUUCGAUGAUGUUCUUUGUAACAUUGAUAUAUGAUGAUUUUGACUGAUUCUUUUGGAUAUUGUAUUAUAUUAUUUAUGUGUUUUUUUUGAUAGAAUUAUAUAUGUAUCAUAUUUUUA